CUAUAUGACUCUAUACGUAUCAGUAUCAAUACGUAUUGUCUUUUCGUUACAUAUAUAUAUAUUAAUUAUUCAUAUUUACUAUUCGGAAUCAGCGAAUAUCACGCAACUAAACUCGGACAGGUUUAAGCGCGCACAUUAUAAACAAUAAAAAUUAAAAAAACUCGUGUCGCAUAAAGUAGGCAAAAUAUUUUGCAGGUGUUCUCAAUAACUUACGGCAAGAUCAUGCCUUUGUUCAGUGGCCGUUGUUUGAGUGCUGCCAAGUUGGUCGGCAAGACCGUGGUAAUAACAGGAUGUAACACGGGUAUCGGCAAAGAGACCGUCUUGGACUUUUACAAGAGAGGUGCUAGGGUUAUAAUGGCAUGUAGGAACCUGGAAAAGGCAGAGGAAGCGAAGAAUGAUAUAGAAAUAAAAUGUAAAAACAUAUCUGACACUGGCAAGCUGGUUGUUGUGAAGUGUGAUCUCACAUCUUUGAAAUCUGUACGGGAAUGCGCACAGACAAUUUUAGAUAGCGAGCAGCAGAUUAAUAUAUUGGUGAACAACGCAGGCGUGAUGAUGUGCCCCAAAGGAACUACUGAAGACGGUUUUGAAAUACAAUUUGGAACCAAUCAUUUGGCACAUUUUCUUCUGACCAUGCUUCUAUUGCCGCGCAUUAUAAACAGCAAGCCAGCAAGAAUUGUGACGGUUUCGUCAAGGGGACAUACCCGAGGCGGCAUUUCCUUUGAGGAUCCAAAUUAUAAGAGCCGACCAUACAAGUCUUUGGACGCCUAUGCACAAAGUAAACUUGCGAACAUAUUAUUUUCCAAGGAACUAGCGUCGAAGCUGAAGGAACAUAAUAUUGAAGGGGUGAACACAUACAGCCUUCAUCCAGGAGUUAUAAAGACGGAACUGGGCCGUCACCUCAAUGACACGUUAUUCCCGGGCGCGCGAGCCAUCUUCGGCCUGUUCUUCACUCCAUUCACAAAAUCUAUUGAACUUGGUGCUCAAACCACCAUAUAUUGUUCCGUCGAUGAGAAGUGUGCUAACGAGACCGGCCUCUAUUACAGUGAUUGCGUGCCAAUAAAGCCUUCGCAGGAAGCGUUGAACACUGAAAAUGCGAAAAAAUUAUGGGACUUGUCGGUUGAUCUCGUCGGGCUCGGUGACUACAAUCCCUUCACUCAAAAAACUACUUUAAAUGGGAACAAAUAGUAUAGAAUUUAAAUUAUAUUAAGUAAUAUAACAAAUAUUGAUAUUAUACAAUUUAUAUUAUAUUUUUAAGUAAAUUUUAUAUAAUCACUAAACAAUGUUGUAUAAAAUAUAUCAUUUAUGAAAUAAAUUGUAACAGCCACUGUAUUGUCGUAUAUUUUUACAAUUUUACACCAAAUGUGUUUUUUUUCAUAUGUAAUGUAGAAUGUCCGUCCUUAUAAUUCAGUUUAGUCGUAAAAAUGUAACAAAGAGAGAUAUACACAGAUAGACGCAUUUUUGUAUUUAUAAUAUUGAUAUGGUUUUGUUCCCAUGGAUUCUUACUGAAGGUAAGACAUUAGUGCAUUUAAUAGAUUCAAAGGUGCUUGUUUGUUACAUUAUAGAUAUUGUAAAACUACUGUCGAAUUUUAUUAGUUCUUCCAUAUGUUUUUAUGUAGAUGUUUUAUAAUUAUAUUUUAUAGCAUUAAUAUUACAGUAUUGUUGUGUUGUUAAAAACAUUAAAAUGAUAUU